CAGUGUGACCUAGGCCAGCCGCAAUGUGCACGAUGCAUCAAACGCAAAGUCGAAUGCUCCUACGCAGGAGGCCUACGAGAACGAGAAUUCGUCUUCCGAGACCACAACGAGUUCGCCCAGAGGAAAUCGGAAAUCGCCAGAGGGACUCGCAAGGCUUCCAGUCGCAGCCCUCCAAAGCCUGGACCGGCCCCAGAGGACAAUACCCCGUCGUCAGAUGAGUACCCUUGGCUCAACGAACUCGCCCGCUCUGAGAUACCGCCGUCUCUUUAUAACAGCCUGGAGCAGCGAGCUAUCGAUCGAUUUUUUCUCGACUGGGUGCUGUAUCCAUGUAAUCGAGGCUCUUCGCCAGGCUAUAUGAAGGAGCUGCCGAGACUGUAUGAGAGUGCAGAUGAGGACUGCGUCUUGCGACGUGCAGUUGAGGCCAUGGCGUUUGCAGCGCAGAAGGACCGGAAGGGGAGUGAUGGUGUCAUCUUCUCGACCAAAGCGCAGAACCAGUAUGGAGCUGCCUUGGCUAGGAUGCAGACCAAGAUCACGUCUGGCGAAGGCGGGUUCGCUGACGAUGGGACGCUCGCGGGGCUGUUGCUGAUUGAGAAUUUUGAGAUGAUGUAUCUCGCUCGCAGCGGCUAUGUCACUGCACAUCGCAGCGCCGUGAAGCACUUCAUCUCCAACAGAGGUACAGAGCCUCUCCACUUGAGGGAAAGCUACGGCAUCUGGCGAACGGCACACCACCGCCUGCAAGCAUACCAAAUCCUGAUCAGAGAGUCACCCGAAGCUCAACAAAUCGCAUGGGUCGAACGUCUGCAAAUCGAGCGUCCAGACCUAAGAAUCUCCUCCGACAUAAUGCGCAUGAACAUGCUCUGCGCCCAAGCCCGCACAACAUCAGCCCAAGACGACCCCAACACCAAAGACCAACUAAUCCAGUCGAUCUCCGACCUCCUCUCCAACAUCGACGACUGGACCAGCAAAAUCAACGGCAUCUGGCGCCCCAAACGCACCUCCAUCUACGACACUCUCGCGCAGGAAUUCCAAACGCUCCACCUCGCCGACAUCCUCGACCCUACCUCCGCCCAUCAAACCCCAACCACCGGCCAAGACGUCUGGCUGACCUACAUGUGGAACUUCCACUUCGCCUCGCAAAUCGCCCUCCGCGAAUCCCUCAUGGAACUCCUCGCCGACAGCGCCCGCACGCAGGACGCCGCGCGCAUCGAGUUCGAGCGCCAGGUCAUCCGCGUGCUCUCCGGGAAUAUCAUUGCGAGUUUCCCGUUUUUGCUGGCGUAUAGCGGGGACAGCGAUGCGUACGUACAGAUGCAGGGCAAGUCGGUGGCGAGGUUCUUUGUCGUGUUGUCGAUUUGGAAUUUGCAGAAUUCGAAGUGGACGCCGGGGGAGUAUAAGAAUGUUGCGAGGGAGGUGAGCGAGUUUGUCACUGAGGGGCAGAGGCUUGUUUGA